AUGGGUAGAGAAAACAUCUUACAUUACUUACAGGAACACAAUGAAACCGAUAAGGAACUAGAAUUUGAUGCCAAGAAUGGCUCACAACAGUCAAAAAAUGAGAUAGAAAUACCUCAAUUCAAACGUAAAGUCACUAGCCAUUCCAACUUCCCAUUCACAUUGUCACCAGAUUCAACAAUUACUGAUUAUUUAAACAAUAACAAAUUCUAUGUUGAUUCAAUAAAGCAUAAUCAUGGUGAUCAGAUAUUUGAGUUAAAUGGUAAGGGCCAAUCACCUCACACGUUGUGGAUUGGAUGUAGUGAUUCAAGAGCUGGUGAACAAUGCUUGGCCACAUUACCAGGUGAAAUAUUUGUCCACAGAAACAUUGCAAACAUUGUCAAUUCGAAUGAUUUCAGUUCUCAGGGAGUUAUUCAAUUUGCAAUUGAUGUAUUAAAAGUGAAGAAAAUCAUCGUGUGUGGUCAUACUGAUUGUGGUGGUAUAUGGGCUUCAUUAUCAUCCAAAAAAAUUGGUGGUGUUUUGGACUUGUGGUUGAAUCCAGUUAGACAUAUUCGUGCUCAAAAUUUGAAACUACUUGAACAAUAUAAUCAUGAACCUAAAUUGAAGGCAAGAAAAUUGGCUGAGUUGAAUGUCAUUGCUUCUGUUAUUGCUUUAAAGAGGCACCCGAGUGCUAGCACUGCUUUGAAGCAGGGAAAAAUCGAAGUUUGGGGUAUGAUUUAUGAUGUUGCAUCAGGUUAUUUAUCUGAAUUGGAAAUCCCUCAAGAUGAAUUUCAUGAGUUGUUUCAUGUACUGGAUGAAGAAGAUGCUUCAGCUCAUAAUGCACAUUAG